AUGAUGAGGAAAGUGCGCUCCAUCGAACAAUGGUCUUACAGCGGAGAAAGGAAUAUUAUUGUGCACCUUAAAAAUACAGUAAUUUUUUUCGAAAAAUGUUUUUUUAUUAUUUUAAUUUUUUAAUUUUUUCAACAUUUUAAUCCUGAAACCCUAAUAAUUACGUCACCAGCGUUCCCAGAUUCAAAAAUUUAUUUAUUUCAGACACCAUGGCAACCAGGCAAACAUAAACCAAAACAGACUUCCCAUUUUCUAAACUCGAGAGUUUUGUUUUAUUAUUUAUUUUUAUAAUUUUUUAUUUGUAAUAAAUAUAAACAUUUCUUUAUAUCAAAUUUCAAUAAAUGAUUAUUGUAUAAAGUUUUUCAGAAAAAUGGCGCAAAACGGGGAAAGUAAGGGGGAUCAGCGGAAAAAUUAUAUUUUGAGGUUGGCCAGCUAUUUAUUAGGCUCAAAUAUCACAGAGGAAAAGCUGAAAAAUACACAACCUUUGGAAAGUUUUGUGGAUUCGAAUACGAAUUUGCUAGUUUUCACGAGAUCCGAGCAGGUUUGUAAAAAUAAAGAAUUUUUCGGCGCAAAAAAAAUAGAGCUCGAAUUUCUCAGGACAAUUUUGCUGAUUGAUUGAAAAUUUAAAUUUGUAAAAAAAAUAAAUUUUCGUGGGAAAUUUGAAUGAAAAAACCUCAAAAAUGUUUUUUUUUUCAGAAAGUCGACAUGACAAAUAAAAUGAAAUCCUCGUUGCCAACAAAUAAUGUUCUUCGAGUGGUUUUCUACAAAACUCAAUCAAUUCCACUCAAUAAUGAGAAUUAUAAAAGUGUGGUUAAUGUGAUUUCAGCAAAUGGAGCUUUGAAUCAAGUUUUUCUGAAAUCUGUGCAAAAUGUGAGUUAGAGGAAACAUUAUUGUUUUGUAAAGAAAUCAACAAAUUAUUAAUAGAGUUUUGAAACAGUGUAAAAAUGCCAAUAAACAUUUUUUGGUGAAUCUGAAAUUUUAUAGAAAUCUUUUGAAACAGUUAAUUUUUUUGGAAAAGAAAGAAUUAUGAAGGAACAAUUUUUGAUGAAACCAAAUUUUCAUAUUCCAACUUUGAAACAGUAAAAUUUUGUUGAAAAAUUUACAUUCGAAAAUUUUUUGAAACCGUGAAGAACCCUACAUCGAACAAUUUUCAGUCCAACCAAUUUUUUAUAGUAAAAUUUUGAAACAGUGAAAUUUCUCUAACAAAAAAAUUUAAUACGAAAUUUUUUUUGAUAGUGCAUCUCCAAUAUUUCUUGGUCAAACAAAACUUUUAUAAUCAAAUUUUGAAACAGUGAAAUUUUUUCAACAAAAAUCUCUUCAACAUAAUUUUUAAUUUCAAAGAAAAUGUAUUUAUGUUAGGAGCACCAAGUUCACGAUAGGAGAGAGAGAAAAUAAUAUGGCACUGGACAAGAAAAUACCAGUUUUCAAAAUAAUUGAAAAAUUAUUUGAAAAAAUUGAAACCUAAAUUAUUCAGGUUCGGUUUUGAGCUAAAAAAAAUUGCCACACGGCUUUUUUUAACUGAAAAUUACAGAUUUUUCAAAAAUUUCAGAAAACAAAUCAUUAUUCUAUUUUUUCCAGGUUUUCGGUAAAGAAUUAUCCGAAGGAAAUAACAAACAACUAAUAAGUGCCGUAAAUGAAUUAGAAGAAAGUUUGUUGGCAAGUGUAGAUGUUGUUGGAAAUUCGGGCGGUGAUUCUUUGAAAGACGAAAUUCGAAGUUGGAAAAGUAAAUCGGAUGAAUAUUCAGCUGCUUUUAAACAACUUCAACUUUUAAUGGAUACUUUACAAGAGAGAAAUAUUGAAGAACUUUCGGAACUUGUUGAAUCUUAUGAAGAGACUUGUGAUGAAUUGUGGAAUUGUUCAAAACCUUAUCCACAAGCUAAAAUGAAGGUUUUGCUAGAAUCUAUGGGUGAGUCGAACUUUAUUAUAAACAUAAAAAAUCUGGCAACAAAAGAUCUAGAGAGAGCAGAAAUUCAGGAACUUCUAGCUUUCAUUUUUUGUCAAAUUUUUUAUUCCAAAAAUAUCAUUUUGUUGCUAGCCAAAAAAUUACUGUUUCAAAAUUUAAUCAUAAAAUAUUAGUAUUUUACAAGUAUUAAUAAUACCCAAUUCAAAAUUGAAGACCUCAAAAAUUCAAAACUUUUUUGUGGUAGAUCAAAAAUAUUUUUCUCUAAAUCUCUUUGCGGGAAACAAUUCCCAAAACAUACAUUUCUAUUUUUCUGGAAAAUUAUCGAUUUUUCGAGAUUCCCCCAAAAAAUGCUCAAUUUUCAGCAUCAUAUCUCUGCGAUCAAAUCACAUCAAAAAUCGAUGAGAAAACAAUUUGGAGAGAUGAAAGAAGUGCGGAAAAAUUGCGAAUUGGCAUCGAUUUGUGUGAUCAAAUGAUGUUCUCAGUGAAACUUUUAACAUCGCAAACAUGGAAAAGACACGUCGAACAUCAAUGGGAGGGAAAUGAGUUGGAUAUCAAGUUUUUGUUGGCUUUUAGAGAUCGAUUGGAUGAGGUGAGGGAAAUUUUUGAUUGAAAAUUUUGAAUUUCAAUCGCUACUUUAUCCUAAAAUAUUGUUCCUUCCAGAUAAUGUCUCUCUCAUCUCUCGGAAUCCAACUCGAAGAACUUCUCCAAGAAAAAGGAAUUCGUGAGGAAAUCGAAAAAACCAUUGAAACAGCAAUGCGUGGAAUGGCACCAUUGGCUUAUAAUCCAUUCACAGAACCAAAUUGGAAAUCGAGAUUAUUAGUAGCUGAAAGAUCGAUUGAAUCAACUAUUGAUAGAACACUUCCGAUUUUGAAACAAAGAUUGGCUCCGUCUUCAGGAGAUGCUCAAAAUGUGAGAAUUUUUACAUUUUUUACUGGAAAAAAUUUCACUGUUUCAAAAAUUAAUUGAGUUUAAUGCAAGACAGAUGUAGCACUGAUUUAGAAAUUGAAAUCUUGUUUAUAAUUUUCUUGAAACAGUUGUUGAUUUCUCAUUGAAAACAGUGGAUUUUUCUCAUUCUAUGUAUAUGCAUACAAAACAUUUUGUGACUCUUAAUUAUCCCUUAGUUAUAGUUCUUAAUUCUAAUUGAAAUAUUUUUUCUCAUUUUCUUGAAACAUUCAAUUUUUUUUGAAAACAAAAUUUUUAUUUCUCGUUGAAAACAAUGGAUUUUACCCAAAAAUGUCACUGUUUCAAAAAUUAAUUUAGAAUAUUUUUCUGAAUUUUGAAAUUCAAUUGGAUAUUGAUAUCUGUUUUAUUAGCAGUGAAGAUUUUGAAUUUUAAUUUUAGGUCAGGCCAUAAAGUUCCAACUUCCAAGAAUUCUAGCUCGAAAAAAAUGAUUAAGUUUCUCUGAAAAAUCUCACUGUUUCAAGAAUGAGCUUUAAUUUUUUCUGAGCUGCAAAUUUUUACAACAAAAAUUGGUCAAACAGCACUGAAUAAUACAUAAAAUAUUGUUUAUCAUUUUCUUGAAACAGUAAAAUUUUUUGAAAACAAAAUUUUAAUUUCUCGUGGAUUUUUUGUCUAAAAUCGAAAGUUUCAGCGCUAAAAUUUUCUAAAAAAAAUCUGAAUUUUGAAUAAAAAUCCACCUGGAUUUUUUUGGGCCUUUUUCGAGAGUUUUUCAUAAUUUUUAAUUAUUUGCAGAUUGUAAUUUCUCUGGAGCGCCUGAAAACUUUUCUAUGCCGUGCAAACAUCAAAGAAAAACUACUUCAUGAAAGAGAAGCAUUUCUAUCUCGUCUCAUCUCAAUGUUAUCCACAAAAAACACGGAAUUCGAGCAGAAAAUCAAUCAAGUCGACGUCAAAAAUUUCCAAUUUCUCACCGAAAUUGCCGCAAAAAUCGUGUGGAUUCGACAACAAACAACACAAAUGGAAAAUAUUCGAUCGCUCAGUAAAUUAAUGUUAAAUGAUCUAUCGAAUUAUGCUAACUUUGCCUCGAAACUCGGAGAAUUUAUCGAUCGAUUGAAUUACGCGGAGAAAGAAUGUUUUGAUGAUUGGUCGAGGGAAACUAUUAAUUUAAUUGAGGAUAAGAAUGAUUCAAUUGCUCUUGAGACAACUGGAAAAAUUAUGAUCUUAGAAUCUUCAAAUCGCGAAUUAAAUGUGAAUUAUUCGGAUAGACUUUUGAGACUUUUAAAGGAAGUUCGACAAUUAAGCAGUUUAGGAUUCAAUAUUCCUUCAAAAAUCAUGACAUGUUGUAAUAACGGAGAAAAAUAUUAUAGAUAUGGUGUGAUUUUAAAACAGAUUGCUCAUUUUUAUAAUACCAUUGAUCAACAAAUGAUUCCAUCACAACAAAGUUUGAUGUUAGAUGAAGCUAUAGCUUUUGAAAAAUUGGUGAUUCCAAGGAAAGAUGCAUCAAAUAGCGCUUCGAAAGUUACAUGGAAUGAGCCGAAACAAUUAGAAGAAUUUAUUCAACAACUUCAAACGGCUGAACAGAAAUUAUCGAAUCGAAAUCGACGAUUAAGAAAUGUUCAUAUGGAAUUGAUUGAGAUGGUUGAAAAAUUAAUGGAUCUCAAUUUAUUAAAACAAAAUAAUGAGUGGCGAGAUAUUGUGAUUAAAAUUAAAUCGAAAAUGAAAGAUGAGGAAUUGAUUCAUGGAGCGACGAGAAAAAAUAUGCGCACUUGGAUGAUUCAUUGGGAUUAUCAAUUGUAUAAGGCUAUGUUGAUACAAUAUGAAUGGGGAAUUGAGAGUAUUCAAACACAGAUUCCUACCAUUGCUGUGAAUUUAGUUUUUGUGUGAGUUUGGAGAAGCCUCAGAUAUUAAGAUCGUCCAGGUUUCUUUGUAAUUUUCGGAAAACUAAAAAAUCUAGGCUCGAAUUUUUUUGAUCGGAAUCCCUUCAGAGAAUUUUCAAGAUAAUUUUGAAAUAUUUGGAGAAAAAUGUUUUGCUUAAGAGCCAAAGCUUAAAGUACUAAGCCUAAGAAAACCCAAGCCUGAAAGCCUAAGCCAAAGCCUAAAAAACCUAAUCUCAAAAUUUUGAGAAAGAAAUAUAUUUGAAUUUUCAAAAAAAAAAACUAAAAAUUGAACCUAACUUUUCCAGCGAUCAAAAAAUCCAACUCCGCCCACCAAUCGAAGAAAUCCGCUCAAAUUACUACAAAGAACUCUCAAAAUUCCUGCGUCUCCCCGAUUCUUUCAAAGGUGUUCAAGAUGAUGUGUCCACAAAAUUCUACUCUCAAAUGAUCGAUCGAUCCAUGCAACUUCUACCCACAAUAUUUGAGAAAGCCGAACAACUCAUUUCAAAAGUCGAAUCUUGCGGUCAAACAUUUUCUGAUUGGCUAGUUAUAGCGCAAAUCGAUUUAGAAGAAUUGAUUGAGGAGAAUUUGAAAAAUGCGGCAGAUUGGGAAAAUCAAUUCAAGAUUUUGAAGACGAAAGCGAGAGAGGCUGAAAGACUUCCCCAGUAAGAUUCAUUAAAAAAUUUUUGUUAAUUGAUUAAUUAAAUUUUUCAGUGAACUUAAAUUCGAGUGCAUUUUGGUGAGCACAGCUGGUGUCAAAUCAUCCAUCGAGGAUGCGAUUCAAAGAUUAUUCGACACCUUAACUUGGACUUUAAGGUACAAAACAUAAUUUAAUUUUUUUUAAUCUUAUAGGGAUUUUUUAGGCACUCAAUAUCUACCACCUCUCAAUCAAUCAAUACAUUUUUAUCGCAAGCUAUUGAUGUUUUAUCAUCUCGUCCUCAAUCGAUUGAUGAGAUUGCUGAAGCCAAUGCGAAACAUGCCAUUUUUGCAGAGACUAAUAAACAGGUUCGACUGGGGAAAAUCGGAUUUGAUUUUGAUCUACAGGAAACCAAAAAUUGGUUCCUGAUUACUGUAGUUGCGAAAUCAAUUUUCUGAUCUACAAAAUUUCGAAUUACUGUACCUAAUUUUCCAUUUCAGCUAAAACAAGAAUGGAAAGUGAUGGAAGAUCAAUACACAUUGCUCAGAUCAGUCGCCGGACAAAACGUCGAACAAAUCGAUAAUCUCGAGCAAAAUUGGGAGAGAUUCGAAAUCAUGUUAGACAGUCAUCAAUUGAUGAUCAAAGAUCAAGUUGAUGUUUUGAAAACAAAUGUUGAGACAAAUAUAAAAGGAAUGAAGGAUGAAGCGGAGAAAUUGAAAGCCAGAUGGGAUCAAUUCAAACCAAGGACUGAUGCUUUGCAGGGAGAUCGGUGAGAAGGGGAAAAUUCAGGGAACUUUGAUAUAUUUUUGAGUUGUAGACCAAAAAUUCCAAAGAAAAUGUUUACCUUUUCAAGUUUUGGGCCCUCCGUAUUUUAGAACCCUUUGAUAUUUUUUAAAAAUUUCCCUACUUUCCAAAUUCAAUUUCUCAGAGACGAGAUGAUAAAAGCAAUCCAAUUCAUCAAAGAAAAACGUCAACAAUGGCAAGAACUCGCCGAUUCUCGCGAGAAAAUCAUCAAAGAAAGUGGACAAUUUGGCCUCGAUCCCCCAAAACUCGAAAUAAUCGACGAAAUCGAUGAAGAUAUCAAAUUAUUCGAGGACAAUUGGCUGAUUUAUGAGCAAUUUAAUAGCGAUUUGGAUAGUUUGGCCCAGGAGGAAUGGAUUGUUUUUAGGAGCAAAACUUAUUUGUUUGAUGAGUUUUUACAAAAAUGGGCGGAGAAAUUGAAGAGUUCAAAUCAGACUCAUAUGAGUGUAAGGCUUAUGAAAGAUGUCGAACAUUUUAAGGUAAGCUAGAUGUUUGGGAGGUGAUUGAACUUAAGAUUUUCAGGAACUUAGCAGUGCUCUCAAAUUUUGCCGCGGUGAUGUUUUGAGCGCGGAUCAUUGGCAUGAAAUGUUCCGAUUCCUCGGGCUUCCCAGAGGAACAACCAUCGAAAAAUUGAAAUUCGUGGAUCUUCUCGGUGUUUCGAAAAACAUUGUUGACAAUGUGGAUCAGUUGAAACAACUCAAUUCUCGCGCGCAAGGAGAAGUUGCGAUUCGAGAUGCGAUUCAGGAACUGACACUUUGGGCCGCGCAAACUGAAUUCACGCUGGCUGAUUAUAAACAUUCAAAUGGACAGAAUUUGAAGAUUAUUAAAGAGUGGAAGGAAUCCAUAAAUUCGGUGAGUUGAAGAGAGAGAGAGAAUGAGCUAUGACGUGGCAAACGUGGAUUUCAAGAGACUUUGGGUUUAAAUUUUUCAGUAAAAAUCAAGUUGAUUUAUUUUUUUUUACAAAGUCCGAGGUUCUGGAGAAAAUUAGAUAUGACGUGGCAAUUCUAGGCUUUGAAAAUACUUAGGGAAAGUUGAAGGUUCCCAAAAAAUUCCAAAAAAAAAGUUUAUAUAAUUUUGAAUUGAAAUUUCAAGCGAAUCCGAAAUUCAAGGUUUUCUGAAUUGAGUGAUUUUUCAAAACUCAAUAAAUUCAAAUCUAUUUGCCACGUCAUCUUAUUUCCCUAAAUCAAUCCAACCCAAAAAUUCCAGCUGAAAGACAGUCAAGCCCUUCUGCAAUCGCUCAAAUCCUCUCCAUACUAUUCUCAAUUCACCGACAAAACUGGAGUUUGGGAAACUCGUCUCGCAGAUCUCGAUAUCUAUUUGGGACAAAUGAAUGAGAUUCAGAGAAAAUGGAUAUAUCUUGAGCCGAUAUUUGGGAGAGGUGCUCUACCAUCAGAGGCUUCGAGAUUCUCGCGAGUCGAUUCAGAAUAUCGUGCGAUUUUGAAUGAUGUGUCGAAAGAUGCGAGAUUGGUCUCACUUUGCAGUCGACAAUCUUUAAAGAAAAGUCUCGAACAAAUUGUGGAUCAAUUGAAUCGUUGUCAGAAAGCGCUGAACCAAUUUUUGGAGCAAAAACGGAAUGCGUUCCCUCGAUUCUAUUUUAUUGGAGACGAUGAUUUGCUCGAAAUUCUUGGCCAAUCUACAAACCCACAAGUCAUUCAAUCUCAUAUGAAAAAACUAUUUCAGGGAAUCGAUAAAGUUAUAUUCUCCUCAAAUUCUGAAACAAUUUCCUCAAUUGUAUCAGCUGAAGGUGAAGUUGUUGCUCUUUCGAAACCUGUGAGAAUUGUGCCACAAGUUGAGACAUGGCUUCAACAAGUAUCUGAUGAGAUGAGAAAAACUUUGAGAGAUCUUGGAGCACAGGCUGUUAAUGAUCAACAAGCUUCUCUUGCAAAAUAUCCAUCUCAAAUAUUAUGUCUUGCGGAAGAGGUGAAAUUCAGCGCGUCAGUUGAAUCAGUGCUGAACUCUUCGAAGGAUUUAGGAUCUUUCAAAUCUCAACUUCAAGAAAAACUCAAAACCUAUACCAAUAUGAAGGUUGAUGACAAGGUAUCAGAUCUCAAAUUGAAAUCUUUAAUUCUGGAUUUGAUUCAUCAUAUUGAUGUUGUUGAUCAAUUAAUAGAAAACAAAGCGAACUCAAUAAAUUGUUGGACGUGGCAAAGACAACUUCGAUUUUAUCAAGUCUCAGGAGGUUCAGUUGUUCUUCGACAAGUUUCCAGUGAAUUCGAAUACACUUAUGAAUAUCAAGGAAACUACUCGAAACUUGUUCACACACCUCUAACCGAUAAAUGUUAUCUCACUUUGACACAAGCUAUGUACAUGGGUUUGGGAGGAAAUCCCUACGGACCAGCUGGAACUGGAAAAACUGAAUCUGUGAAAGCAUUGGCUGCAUUAAUGGGUAGACAAGUUUUGGUUUUCAAUUGUGAUGAAGGUAUUGAUGUUACAUCGAUGGGAAGGAUUUUUACGGGGAUUGUUGAGUGUGGUGCCUGGGGAUGUUUUGAUGAAUUCAAUCGGCUAGAUUCAGUAAGUUUCAUCAUAUAAAAAUUUCAGAAAAUCAAUAAAUUUUUUUGCAGACCGUAUUGUCCGCAGUCUCAAUGCAAAUCCAAACUAUCCAAGGUGCAAUCAAAGCCAAAACCGGCUCCUGCACUUUUGCCAACAAAACAGUUCAAGUCAACCCGAACAGUGCUAUUUUUGUUACUCUCAACCCAGCUGGAAAAGGUUAUGGUGGACGACAGAAAAUGCCAGACAAUUUGAAACAAUUAUUCCGAGCUGUGGUUAUGGGAAAACCAGAUAAUGAAUUGAUCGCUUCCACCAUUUUAUAUUCGGAAGGAUUUGUUGAUGCAACAUCGUUGGCGAGAAAAAUUGUCACAGUAUUUCAAUUGAGUCGACAAAUGUUAUCCAAGCAACAACAUUAUGAUUGGGGACUUCGGGCACUCAAGGUGGUUUUAGGAGGUUGUGGUUCGCUAAGGAAAAGUCAACCAUCAAAAAAUGAGACAGAUUUGGUGGUCCAGGCACUUUUACUCAACACUUUGUCAAAAUUAACCUUCAGCGAUUCUCAGCGAUUCAAUUCCCUAGUUGAUGAUAUAUUUUCAAAACCUAACAAGGAAAUGGCAAAAUUCGAAAACUUGAUAGAACCAUUGAAUGAGGCUGCAAAAGAGAUGAAUAUAAAAUUGAGUGAUAAACAAUUUGAGAAAGUAUUCCAACUUUAUGAGCAAAUGAGACAACGAAUUGGAGUUGUGGUUGUUGGAGAAGCUGGUUCGGGUAAAUCGACAAUUUGGAAAGUUCUACAACGAGCAUUGAUUCUGACUAAAACUUCAUUACGGGUUACCACUUUCAAUCCAAAAGCUGUGAAUCGUAAUAAAUUGUUAGGAAACAUGGAUAUGGAUACACGAGAAUGGUCAGAUGGUAUUAUAACAAUGGCAGCAAGAGAAGUUAUCAAAGAUACAUCUGUUCAUCAUUGGAUUGUUUGUGAUGGAGAUAUUGAUCCAGAAUGGGUAGAAGCUCUUAAUUCAGUGUUAGAUGACAAUAGAUUAGUGAGUUAUUGGAGGCGCAUAACUUCCAUUGAUGAAUCAUUUAUUUUCAGUUAACAAUGCCCUCCGGUGAACGUAUUCAAUUUGGGUCAAAUGUCAACUUUGUUUUCGAAACUGACUCUCUCAAAUUCGCCUCACCCGCAACAGUUUCCAGAAUGGGUAUGAUUUACAUAAGCGAGGAAGAUGUCUCCCCAAAAGAUGUUAUCAAAAGUUGGUUGGCUAGUGAUUCAGACAAUUUACACGCAGAGAUGUCGAGUUGGAUUGAUGAAUAUUUUUGGAAAUGUUUGAAGUACGCGAGAUCGAAUCAACUUCCGGGUAUCACUUAUUUCGCGUUGUUGAGGAAUGGUCUAACGCAUUUGAGGGUCAGCAAAUCGAAAACACAGUUUUUGGUGUUCUUGUUCAAUGGUUUUGCACCGUAUAUUGUUCCGGAGAAAAGGGCAGAUUUUGCGAAAAGUGUGGUUUUUCAAGGUGAGAAUGGGGAACAGAAAAAACUUGGUACUCUUGGAGCAUAACUUUAACGUAAAAGCCUUAAAAAUCUGAUCCUUAUUGUAAGCCUUUGAUUCUUAACCAGAAGAAGUCGGUAACAUAGAACCCUUAAGCUUUUCAGAUGUUUCCACAGUAUCCCUUUCCUAAAAUUAUUCUAAAUUUUCUGUAGAUCAAUUUUCGGAUAUAAACGGGAAUUAUAGAAUUUCUGGAUCUCCCCUACCGAUUCAGCUACAGUUCCAAUUUCCAGGAAUGCCUCUCGCUGACCCUUCCAAUAUCUGCUACGAUGAUCGAAUUGAUGGUUUAGUCACUUACACCGAUGAUGUUUCUCAAUCAGUCACCAAAGAAGAAGUCGAGCGAGAAGAUCUUCGACCAUUUGUGCUCACCGCAGAUGCUCAAAAAUAUUCGGAUAUUGUUUCCUCUUGGCUACAAUCUGAUAAUCGUGAAAGUUUCGUGAUAACUGGUUCAACUGGUUGUGGAAAACAACAAUUAUUGAAACAUUGUUAUCAAAAUGAUCCGAAUAGUCAAUUGGCUACUCUCUAUUGUUCAGCACAAUCAAGUUCAUCUCAUUUACUUCAAUUAAUUCAGCAGAAUUGUGUGCAAGCAAGUAAUCCAUCGGGAAGAGUUUGGAAACCAAAAGAUCGUCCGAAUCUAAUAUUAUUUUUGAAAAGUAUAAAUCUGCCAGCUCCUGAUAAAUAUGGGACUAAUGAAUUGUUAGCAUUGCUUCACCAACUUCUAACUUAUCAAGGAUUCUUCGAUCAUAAUUUGGAAUGGGUUUCCAUUGAGAAUAUACAAUUUGUCGGAUCGAUGAAUCCAAUCGGUGAAAGUGCCAACAAUAUUCCACCUCGUCUACUUUCCCAUCUUCGAUGUAUAAGUCUCAACAAAACCGAUGAUUCACAACUAACAUCAAUUUAUCGAACAUAUUUGUCGCCAAUUCUAGAAGAUUCGAAUGCUGAAGUUAUUGCAAGUCGAAUGGUUGAUGUUUUCAAUCGAGUUCAAGGAACUUUUAAACAAUCCGAAAAUAUUGUGUAUAGCUUCUCUCCAAGAGAUCUAACUAACUGGGUUAUCGCAUUGUUACGGCAUGAGAUUGAUGCAUCAAAACUCGAAACAAUCCUCUGUUUCGAAGCUAGAAGAAUCUUCGAAGAUCGUCUACCUUCCGAAAGCGAAAAAUCAAAAUUCGAGGAGAUUCUUCGCAACAUAAUUCCCCAUUCCUCAUCAAGCGACAAAGUUCACGUAACAACCGGUACAAUAAUCCCCGGUGAAAGUAGCAUCGGACUUCCCCUAACUCCUAUCAAUAUUUCCGAUUUCUCAACUCUUCUUCUCAAAUCAAUCAAUCGUUUCGAAUUCGAAAUCGCCAAUUUCUCAUCUUUGCUUACAACUCAACUAACUCAUCUCUGCGCUCAAGUCGAUCGAGUUCUCACAACUCCCUCUGGUCAUUUAUUCUUGCCCGGUCGAACUGGUUACGGUAGACGCGAUGCAGUUCGACUCAUUUCACAUAUGCAUAAUAUUACUGUAUUUUCGCCUACAGUAACCGCCAAUUUCUCAUCGAAACAAUUUGAUAACGAGUUGAAGAAUGUAAGGAAACCUUUGUCAGUAAUAUUUGAAUUUUAAAUAAUUUUUCUAGGCCAUUACACAUGCCGUGACAAAUACCGAACACGUAGUCCUGAUUUUUGAAGAUCAACAACUUCGGAAAAAUAUAUUCCUACAAGCCGUAAAUUCAUUGUUGGCAAGUGGAAAUGUUCCCGGAUUAUUUACGCAACAAGAAUUGGAUGGGUUGGUUGCGCAAGUUUCAGAAGCUGCAAGUCAAGCAUCAUUCACCGGAGCACUUCAACAAUUUCUAGCACAUCGUGAGUUUCAGCUUCUCACUUAGAUUCUAGAAAAAAAUUUCCAGGAAUUCGAAACCUGGUUCAUGUUGUUCUUAUAAUGGAUGUUGAGGCUGAUGAUUUCAAGAUAAAUAUAACUGAAAAUCCAUCAAUUCUCAAACAUUGCAAUAUUAUUUAUUCUGAUCGAUUUGAUAGAUCAGCUCUCAAUGAGAUCCCAAAACUCUAUCUUGAAAAGGAGAAAAUCGAAGCAACAGAUGUUGUAUUGAGUGGAUUUGUAGAUGUUUUGGUAACACUUCCAGAUAAUCUAUCACUCCAGCCAAUCAAAUAUCGACAAUUUGUGGAGAAUUACGCAAAAAUGUGUGAAUAUAAAAAAUCGACAUUGACAGUUAGGCUAAAUCGAUUACAAGGUGGAGUUUCGAAAUUGAAUGAGGCUAGUGAAGAAGUGGCAAAAAUGCAGAAGAAAGCGGGGAAAAAGAGUAAAUUAUUGGCUGAAAAACAAGCAGAAGCUGAUGAAGCAUUGAAAGCUAUUACUGAAAGUAUGAGUGGAGCUGAAGAUCAGAAAUUAUCGAUGGAACAAUUGAAAGAGGCUACUGAAAAGGAAAAUAUUCGAAUUGAAGAGAAAAAAGCGAAUAUUGAUGAGCAAUUGAAAGAGGUUCAACCAUUGAUUGAUGCGGCGAGAAAAGCUGUCGGAUCUAUCAAAUCUGAAUCAUUGAGUGAGAUUCGAAGUUUGCGAGCACCGCCGGAAGCUGUGAGAGAUAUUCUUCAAGCAGUUCUACUAUUCAUGGGGAUAUUGGAUACUUCUUGGGAAGCUAUGAGAAAGUAAGAUAUGGAACUUGAGGAAAGGGAUUCUCCUUUUACUAACUUCCUAAAAAUCCUUGUUUUUACAAUUUUUAAAGAUUGAUGGACCUUCUGAAUCACAUCAAAUCAGACGUUUUCUUUUUCAGAUUCUUGUCAAAAAGUGGUGUGAAAGAAGAUAUAAUGAACUUCGACGCAAAUCGAAUCACAAAUGAUAUUCAUAAAAAAGUUACAGCAUUGGUCAAGCAAAAACCCAACUCUUUCGAAGAAGCUGUAAUUUUUCUGUGUUUUUCUCAUUUUUUCCAACCUCGCCAAUUUUUCAGACUGCAAAGCGUGCUUCUGUUGCCGCAGCUCCACUCGCUGCUUGGGUUAAAGCAAAUCUCGAAUACUCGAAAAUAUUGGAGAAAAUCUCGCCGUUGGAAAAUGAGAAGAACAAGCUUAUCAAGUGAGUUUUCACAAUUUUUCAAAAAAAAAAAGCAAAUUCUAGGAAUUUGAAAAAAGCGGAAAAACAGAUGGAGAAUUUGUCGAAAGGCUUGCAAAGUGUUGAUGAAGUUGUUGGAGAUUUGAAAAAGAAGUUCGAAGCGUUGAUGAAGGAAGCGACACAAAUCAAAGUUGAUCUGGAAAGGGAACAAGAUACAAUUCGAAUUGCUGGAACUCUUGUCGAAAGUUUAUCCGGAGAAUUUCAGCGAUGGAAAGCGCAGAUUGAAACACUUGGAGAAGAACAAUCCAAAAUGGAAAUAUGUUCAUUAAUAACUUCAGCAUUUAUAACAUAUCUUGGAGGAUGUAGUGAGAAAGAGAGAAACAAUUUAUUGAAGGCUAUGUGCAAAAUGUUUAAUAUGAGUCAUUUCAAACCUCUUUCAUUUGCUUCACUCGAAACCGAACAACUAAAUUGGAAAACUAAAGGAUUGCCUGCGGAUACUUUAUCCCUCGAGAAUUCCAUGAUUAUGUUUAAUACAAAUCAUGUUCCACUUCUGAUUGAUCCAUCUGGACAAGUUCCACUAUUCCUUUCAAAAUAUUUGGAAAAAUCUGAAACUUUCAAAGCUGCCCAAUCCGAUUUGAUGACUCAAAUUGAGUUGGCUAUCCGAUUCGGUAAAACAAUAAUUGUUGAUGAUGUUGUUGAUUUCGAUUCUGCUUUGAUUCCAAUUCUUCGCAAGGAUCUAUCAUCUCAGGGUCCUAGACAAGUUAUCAGCUUUGGUGGAAAACAAAUCGAUUACAAUCCAGAUUUCCGAAUUUUUAUCUGCACUCGCGAUGAUAAAGUGAAAAUCCGCCCAAAUGCUACAAACCUUCUGAACAUUGUCAAUUUCACAACAACUAUCAGCGCUCUCUCAGCUCAAUUGCUAGAUGUUGCGAUUCAUCUUGAAAAACCUGAACUUGAGGAGCGAUCUAGUAGUCUUCUUCGCGAUGCUGAAUUAAAGAAACUCGAGUUGGAAAAGCUUGAGCAACUUCUAUUACAGCAACUCGCUUCAUCUCAAGGAAAUCUACUAGAGAAUACUGCCUUGUUAGAUUCUCUGAACAAAUCAAAAGAAAGUGCCGAAGUCAUAAGUAAAAGUAUCAGUGAAAGUGAACAACUUCACAAAGAAUUGACUGCGGUGAGAACAUUUCUAAAUAAUUUUGAAACCUAACAAAUAUGAUUUUUUCCAGCAAAAAGAGAUCUACGUUCCUUUGAGUCACUUUGCUUCCAGUUUAUUCUUCUCAUUUUCAAAUCUACAGUACUACAAUAAUAUGUAUAACUAUAGUGUAAAUACAAUUAUGAGAUUAUUCGAGAAAACCAUUAAAACUUGUCAAGACAAAAAGUCGACUCGUGUGGAAACAUUGGCUAGACAAAUUCAACUCACAGUGUUUUAUCAUAUUUCGAGAGGAAUUUUCAGACAAGAUCGAUUGAUGUUUGCGGUGGAAUUUAUUAAUGCUACAAUGCCGAAAUUGUUCCAACCAAAGGUAAACGAGUUAUGACGUGUUAUUUGAAGAUGUUUGGGUUUUUAAUCUCUUAGAACUUUAGACGAAAAGUUUUUAAAAGCCACAUACUUUUGAAAUGCCUAAUCUAAACUCUCAGCUCCAAAGAUUACAUAUCUUUGCCACAGAAAAACCAGAACUCAAUUUUUUCUAGGAAUGGGAACUGUUCACCGGUGUCCUGGUAGACGAAUCCGGCGAUUCCAACUCAUCCAAACUCUCCUGGAUCCCACAAGAUCGAUCAUCGGCAGUCUCCAAAAUGCGAACACAUCUUCCAAGUCUUUUCAACAAUCUGCGCCUUGAAGAUGAGGCAAGUUGGAAAGAGUUCUCAAAUACUCUCCAAUGCGAAAACUCUUUCCCAAGUUCAAUCGACAACAAAAUCACGCCCUUUCAAAAAGUCCUAGUUGUUCAAGCGAUAAGACCGGAUCGUUUAUACAAUUGUCUCAUGGAUUUUGUAUUAAAGACUUUGAGUAAGUGAUUUUAUUUGUGUAACUCAUUGUAAAUUUGGGGAGUUUUCAGAUAUCUCAUCAAUUAAUCCACCAGCUUUUGCUUUGAAAGAGAUUUUCGAUGAGAGUGAUGCUUCAGAACCAAUUCUAUUUAUUCUGGCAGAUGGUGCUGAUCCAUCACAAGAAUUAUCAGAGUUAGCGAAUAUCAUGAGAGUUCAAUAUCACUCGAUUUCCAUGGGUCAAGGACAGGAAACUAUUGCUUAUGAUGCGAUAAAAGACUGUGCAGAGAAGGGAGAAUGGUUAUGCUUGAAUAAUCUACAUCUGAUGUUAGCUGCAGUGCCAUUUAUAUUAAAACAUUUAUCAUUAACAACUCCUAAUCCGAAUUUCCGAUUAUGGCUAACAACUGAAGCGGAUCAUCGUUUCCCAUCAAUGAUGCUUCAACAAUCUUUGAAGAUCACAUUUGAACCACCACCGGGAGUUCGAAAUAAUCUUCUACGAACAUAUUCGCAGAUCGAUAAAUCUCAAAGAAAUGUUAUAACUUGUCAAUCGAUAUUUGUUCUCGCAUGGUUGCACGCUCUUUUACAAGAACGACGAACAUUUAUUCCGCAAGGUUGGACAAAGUUUUAUGAGUUUGGAGCAAGUGAUGUAAGAGUUGCGAGAGCAUUUGUGGAGCAAUUAACAGCAACAAAAUCCGAUUGGGAAUUUGUUAGAGGAAUUUUGAAAUUUGUGAUUUACGGUGGAAGAAUUGAAAAUGAUUUCGAUGCAAAAGUUCUAGAUUCCUAUAUGAUCACACUAUUCAACGAUGAGAAAAUCAAUGGGCGACCGGGCCAGAAAUUAGUCAAAUCUAUAGAUAUACCAGCUGGUUCGAAUAUCGAUGAAUAUAUUGCUCAUAUUAGCAAAAAUAUACCAUCUGUAGAUGAACCAUUUCUUUUCGGUUUACCCGAAAAUAUCAAAUAUUCUUGGCAAAUCGUGGAAUCUGAUAGGACGAUCAGUUCAAUUCGAACAUUGGUUUUGGGUGAUUCGAAAAAUGCUAUGAAAGAUUCUCGAGAAUCUGUGGAGCAGAUAAUUGCACUUUGGAGGAAGUUAUGCACAUCGGCGGGCGAUUUACACAAAAAAGCGGUGAGUUUUUGGGGUGGAUCUGUAAACACCUUACAGUACCCAAGUGAAAUCUAGAGAGUUAGGAUAACUUUGCGCUUUUCAACGAGAGACUUCACAAAAAUUCAAAGGCCCGCAAACACUUUUGUACAGUACCCCGUGAAAAAUGUUGUGAAUUCAAAAAAAUUCACCAUAGCUUCAAAGUUUGAACCUUUUUCUGCACAGUAACCCGCAAAAAAACUCACAAAUCCUUUUCGCUUUCCAUUGUUUUCAUUCCUGGCUGUUUCCGAAUUCUUUGAAAUUCUGAAAUAAAAACAAAUCUACAUUUCUCACGUUUUAUUGUUUUUCUUCCGUGUCACGUUUCAGAUAAUUUUUUCCCAAAUUUAUUUUUUUUCCCAGAUCCCCGAGGCGCUUCGCUCAGAAGAUCCAAUAAUCGAAGUGUUAUCCCUGGAAUGCAUCAACUCUCUGCAAAUCUUGCAAAACAUACACAACACACUCAAAUAUGUUUCGUUGGGCUCAAAAAAUCCGGCGCUAGCACCUGCAAGCACUCAGAAAAUUAUUCAAUCUCUGGUUUUUCAGCAGGUUUGCUUUAUUGCUUUGGCUGCACAAACAUACAUUAAAAAAAUUUCAGACACCUGAUGAAUGGGAUUCGAUUUGGGCCGGACCUUCGGAUCCCGCUGAUUUCCUCAACGCGGUGAUCAGGAAGACCAAAGGAACUCUCCAACUUUUGGAAACUGCAAAAUCUACAAGUAUUCUAUCGCAACCAAUCGAUUUUUCCGAUCUCUUCUACCCCAAUAUUUUCCUGAAUGCUCUUCGACAAACAACAUCUCGCCAAUUAAAUGUUCCAAUGGAUCAACUACAACUUUGUUCAGCUUGGGAGUCUUCAGCACUUCCGAACAAGCAAACUGUGGAAGUUAAAGGGUUACUCAUUCAAGGCGCAACUUUUGAUGGAUUCCUUAGGGAGACAACUGUAUCUAGCCCUGCUUAUACACAAGCUCCAUUAUUAUAUCUAGCUUGGACUUCUGAGUCAUCUUCAACUGUGAAAGGCGAGCAAGUUCAAGUUCCUCUUUACACGUCGAAUGAUCGAACGGAUCUGAUAGGAGUUGUGAAUAUGCCGUGUCGUGGAACCGAAACAUGGAACAUCGCGGCUGUUGCCUUGUUUUUGAAAUAA